UUGACAUCAGUGAUGACGUCACGAGUGGUUACAUAUAACCAGUUGGAGACCUCUAGCAUAUCAGAGGCACCCACCCGCUUAACCAACUGCAGUCAUCAUGCGUGAAAUUGUACAUCUGCAAAUUGGUCAAUGUGGCAACCAAAUCGGCUCAAAGUUCUGGGAAGUGAUCAGCGCAGAACAUGGAAUCAGCAAGACAGGCACCUAUGAGGGCGACAGCACAGUCCAAUUGGAUAGAGUCAAUGUCUACUUUAAUGAAGCACAUGGUAAGGCAUUAUCACGAGACUCCAUGAUGGCCUUACUAAUGACAAAUGUGUCUCCAGGAGGUAAAUAUGUGCCUCGUUCCCUGCUGGUUGACCUGGAGCCCGGCACCAUGGAUAGUAUCAGAGGGAGUCACAUCGGUGCUCUCUUCAGGCCGGACAACUUCAUUCAUGGCAAUUCAGGUGCCGGCAAUAACUGGGCAAAGGGCCACUACACCGAGGGGGCGGAGCUGAUAGAGCAGGUCAUGGACCGGGUGAGGAACGAGAGCGAGAGCUGUGACUGCCUACAGGGCUUCCAGCUGGUUCACUCCCUCGGUGGCGGCACGGGUUCCGGCAUGGGGACCCUGAUGAUCAACAAGAUCCGAGAGGAGUAUCCCGACCGGAUCAUGACAAGCUUCAGUGUCAUGCCCUCACCAAAGGUCUCCGAUACUGUGGUGGAGCCCUACAAUGCCACCUUGUCGGUCCACCAGCUCCUGGAGAGCACGGACGAGACCUUCUGCAUCGACAACGAGGCCCUCUAUGACAUCUGCUUUCGCACGCUCAAACUCACCACUCCUACGUAUGGAGACCUCAACCACUUGGUGUCCAUGACCAUGAGUGGGGUCACCACCUCCCUGAGAUUCCCCGGUCAGCUCAAUGCCGAUCUGAGGAAGCUGGCGGUCAACAUGGUGCCUUUCCCCCGUCUCCACUUCUUCAUGCCUGGUUUUGCCCCGCUGACGCCACGCGGCAGUCAGCAGUACCGCGCCCUCACCGUACCCGAGCUCACCCAGCAGAUGUUCGACGCCCGUAACAUGAUGACGGCCUGCGACCCCAGACGGGGACGCUACCUCACGGUCGCCGGCGUCUUCCGCGGCAAGAUGUCUACCAAGGAAGUGGAUGAACAAAUGCUGGCCGUCCAGCAGAAGAACAGCAACCACUUUGUGGACUGGAUCCCACACAACGUCAAGGUCGCCGUGUGCGACAUCCCGCCCCGAGGCCUCAAACUAGCUUCCACGUUUAUUGGCAACAACACGGCCAUUCAGGAAAUAUUCCGCAGAGUGGGCGAUCAGUUCGCCUUGAUGUUCAGGCGCAAAGCCUUUCUCCACUGGUACACCGGCGAGGGCAUGGACGAGAUGGAGUUCACAGAGGCUGAGGGCAACCUCAACGACCUGGUUUCAGAGUACCUGCAGUACCAAGAUGCCACGGCCGAGUCCGAACCGGAGGACGAAUACGAGCAAGAGCCGCCCGUCAUGGCUACAGCCACGAGGAUUCAGUCUCGGAUGGAAGUUACGACGGAAAUGGUGACAGAAACGACGGGGGAAACUGCGGAUGAGGACGUACCGUGAAAUGUUGACAAUCCAAAAUCAAUGAGAAAUUGGUGCUAAGAAAUAUUUACACAAAUUUGGCUAUACUCGUUUUUAAGUUGGAUUGCAGGUCUAUUUGAAUAAAAUAUGUUUAGCAAACGGGCAGCAAAUUGUGGUAAGCACAUCUGCCUCACAAUUCAAAUUUUUUGGGGCUGGAGUCUCAGUUUAGGGAUUCUUGUGUGGUGUUUGUUCUCCCCAUGCAAAAACACGCAUGUUAGUUUCAUUGAAGUUUUUAAAUUGUCCACUGGUGUCAAAGGUCAUUUGUCUAUCUAGUUAUGUGCACUGCUGUUGACCUGACGGACAAUGGGAGGGAUACUUGACUUUGUAUUAAGGCUUCACUGUCUCUGUCUUAAUUCAUCUGUAUUUCAUUUAAUUUUUGAUUAGGUAUGUUCAAAGUGUUUGUUAAGAUAUAAUGCGGAAGUUAAGGAAAAAUCCUGAUGUGGUAACACUGACUAUAAAUUUACUUUUGUUUGUAUAUAAAGUCAGGGUGUAAUGAGAAAAAAAAAAGUUGUAUUGCUAUGAAUACAGAGGCGUAGCCGAGCCGAGGCGGCGCCCCGGUUAGGACUCCCUGCGCCCCGGUUGAAAAAAAUCGAGCUUUUCCGAUUCUUCAUUUUCAUGCCGUUUUUUUUUUUUCGGUCUUGCGCGAAUGUGUUUGGGCUAUUCUAUGUGCGCGAUGUUAUCCAUUCACCGUUUGCAUCCCGGACCCGGAUGUUGUUUUAGCGAUCAGCGAACGGCGUGGGUGAUGUUCGAUUUUUUUUCCUGUGGGCGCGCGCCCCUACUGGAAAAAUCCCUGGCUACGCCUCUGUAUGAAUAGUAUUAGCAUUUUUCUUGUAAAAUAAAGAUGUUAUUAUUGUAAUGCAUCUUGUACAAUUCAUAUUUCUUUCACAGUUUUAUUUCACAGUAAUAUAUUUGUUUCUCUCUUGUCUUUACUCUUGCAUGGCGCUUAUACAUCUUAGUGUAAUCAACAAAACUUUUUUUUGAAACUAUAUUAAAUUGACUUGACUUUGGAUGAUGGACCGCAUUGAUGCUGAUAGUGUGCUUGGCUGUCACUUGGUUUCCUCCCACUGUGAGCAGCCUGGGACUUUGAGAUUACACAUUUUACCGCCUUGAGUCUCUGUGGAAUCUGAUAAGUACAGAAAUAAACUUGCAUAAACUGGUG